CACAUAUAUACCUGUAGAUGCGAGUGAGGAGCGGAUAGUUUUUAGUAGUCAUCAAGAGACACACCGGACGACAAGCAAUUAGGAGAGGGAAAGAUUUGUAUUGUUAUUAUGGGCGGAUGGUGUCUGUAGCCUUAAUUACAAGACAAAAAGAGAGCCCCACUGGCUCACUCGACUGUGUUAAUCGCUACAGCAAAGCCGCUAUUACACAGCUGCGUGAGGACAUUACACUCUGCUGUGAUCGUGGGAGCGUGGGACUUUAGUGUGGACAAACUGUCAAAAUGCAAGCGUGGUUUAGGGCAUUCAGCGUUAUCUGUUUCACUCGGAUUUUCAUCCAAAGUUACAAACCACAAAACUUGGAUAGCAAAUGGGAAGCAUUACAUAGACCUUUACUGAGAAAGAGGGCGCUGGAGUUGACUCAAAAACACAUGUUAAAUGUACUGGGUUUGAGUGAGAUGCCACGGGUGCAUCGCCGUCGAGUCAGGCCCCAUAGUUUUAUGUUGGAGUUGUAUAGAACUCUCUCACGCAAAAUGGACCGCAACAAAGCGAGAAAGUCUCGACACGCAUUCGUAAACACAGUUCGCGGAGUUGUCGAUCAAGAGUCGCUUGACAAGUCAGUACUCGAGCUUAAAGAUCAGCUCUACGUGUUUAACACUUCAAACAUCCCAUACUCAGAGAAACUGGUCUCCGCGGAGUUAAGAUUGCUAAGGAUACCCACAAAUACGGAUAACGAGGUCGUGAUUGAACACGGGACUGCGUACAGAGCCGGCAUCUACGCCAAAAACACGCGGAGUUCAUUUUACGGGAGCGCUGGACUAGAGAUGCUGGAUUCGUUCGUGUUUGACAUCACUGACACUGACAAGCGCUGGUUUGUGAUGUCCGUAACGAAAGCAGUACAAAGAUUGAGAGAAUCGAGGAAAAAUGUUUGUUUUCUGAUACUAAAGGUGAUGUCGUUAACAAGCGGGAAGCUCAUUGCUCCUGUGAGGAUGGGUUUCUCGAAGGAGUUCCGUGUGCACGACCAAAGGGCCCUUCUCGUACUCUUCGCGGAUGACGGGAAGAUGAAAAGCGAGGAGGGGACGCGUGAUGGGGACUUGGGCAGACCUAUAGGUGGUCAAAACCACGUAAGGGAUUAUUACGAAACGCAGGAAAACUCACCUCCGAGAACGACCCGAGCUAAGCGAAGCGUCAAUCGGAAUAUCCCAAAAGCGGUAGCUAGCGCCAUAGACACUAGUAGAAAGCGACGGAAAAAGUCACGGAGACAGCGAGAAAAGCGCAAAUGCAGACGAAAAAGAAUGUACGUGGAUUUUCGGCUUUUGGGUUGGAGUGAUUGGAUCAUCGCUCCGCAGGGGUAUGACGCGUACUUAUGCGAAGGGGAGUGUAAAUAUCCGAUUGAUAACUACUUGCGCCCUACCAAUCAUGCGACAGUACAGACGAUAGUGAACAGUCUAGAUCCUAGUAUUGCUCCAAAGGCGUGUUGUACGCCCAAUGAACUAAGCCCUAUAAGUAUCUUGUAUACUGAGGAUGGAAGCAAUAACGUUGUUUAUAAGAACUACAAGGACAUGGUUGUGGAGAGAUGUGGAUGCAGUUAAGGGGGCGACACAGGAGUUUGGGGGUUCGUCUCCGACUUGAAAACUCCAAAAUGAGGUGGAGCAGAGAGCAUCGGGCUACGCUUGUUCUCACGCACAAGUGAAAUACAUGACAUUAUAACAAGGCGAUGUUUUGAAUCUGUGCGGAAACCAGCAAUAGACUAAACACGACGUAACGGAAGAAGGGACGAGAAUCGCGGAUCGCGCCAAUUGGAAGUCCGGGAAGUGGGCUGGAUUAUUUGUGAGUCGUGUAAGUACUCGGCGUAUUUCUCAAUACAAGGGUCUUGAUUCUAGAGAGCUGAACAGGAAACAUAUGUCAACGAUAGUAUUGGACGUAUCUGUGCCGGGUUAGCCGAUGACUCGUCGACAGGACUCUCAGUGAUCACCACGCGCCGCCGAGAGCCAAAGCGCGCUGAGACGUCAUCACUCGGUCGACCAAACACCGACCUAUACCUCUACAGAACACGAAACGCAUAGAAACGCGCCAAGAAUCUGAAACAUUCAGCGCUGCGACAGCGCAAAACCAAACGUAUUUACAGAGAAUUUAAUCAGAAUUAACUCUAAAUUGAUACUCGAGUUGUUAGCGGUGUUUUAAUCGUAUUAAAGGGCAGGUUUUUUGAUGAUGUA